GGAUUCUCCAUCUCUCCCUUCCUGUUUUGAGAGCAGUGUAUUGUGAAAGCCAACUGAGUGACUGGCAAGGGGGAAAAAUCCAGACUUUGGUUCCAUAUUUCUGCACUGAUCCUGGAAGCAUUCUGUGCCUGAUCCUGCUACAGCUUGCAGAAGAAGGGAGCCUUGCCAUUUUUGGGGGGGUCUACCCCCCCUUUGACAUUUCUUUGCUCAUGGCUGAGACUAAAAUCAUCUACCACAUAGAUGAAGAAGAGACCCCUUAUCUGGUAAAACUGCCUGUGUCUCCUGAAAAAGUCACCUUAGCAGAUUUUAAAAAUGUCCUCAGCAACAGACCUGUGCACAAUUACAAAUUCUUCUUCAAAUCUAUGGACCAGGAUUUUGGAGUGGUCAAAGAAGAGAUUUCGGAUGACAACACUAAGCUCCCGUGUUUUAAUGGAAGAGUGGUGUCCUGGCUGGUUUUGGCAGAAAGUUCACACUCAGAUGGAGGCUCUCAAAGUACGGAAAGCCGGACAGACCUUCCCCCUCCGAUCGAGAGAACUGUUGGAAUCGGAGACUCACGCCCGCCGUCCUUUCACCCUAAUGCUGGCAGCUGUCGGGAUGGUCUAGACAAUGAGACAGGAACAGACUCUGUAGUGAGCCACAGGAGAGAACGUCAUCGGCGGAAGAACAGAGAAGCACAUGAUGACGUUCCAAGAAUCAAUGGGCACCCCAAAGUGGAGCGUAUACGGGAGACUGGAGGAUAUGACAGCACGUCCACCGUGAUGAGCAGCGAGCUGGAUUCCAGCAGCUUUGUGGACUCUGAUGAGGACAACACUAGCAGGUUAAGCAGCUCCACGGAGCAAAGCACAUCCUCAAGACUUAUACGGAAGCACAAACGAAGGAGACGGAAGCAGAAGAUGAGGCAAAUCGACAGGUCUUCAUCGUUCAGCAGCAUUACAGACUCGACCAUGUCCCUAAAUAUCAUCACCGUCACACUUAAUAUGGAGAAAUACAACUUCCUGGGGAUCAGUAUUGUGGGGCAGAGCAAUGACCGUGGAGAUGGAGGAAUCUAUAUUGGAUCCAUUAUGAAAGGUGGCGCUGUAGCAGCAGAUGGACGCAUUGAGCCUGGAGAUAUGCUUCUACAGGUCAAUGAUGUCAAUUUCGAGAACAUGAGUAAUGAUGAUGCAGUCAGGGUUUUAAGGGAAAUUGUAUCCAAACCAGGGCCAAUAAGCCUCACUGUAGCUAAAUGUUGGGAUCCCACUCCCAGGAGCUACUUCACCAUUCCAAGAGCGGAACCCGUGAGACCAAUAGACCCGGCCGCCUGGAUCACUCAUACCUCAGCCCUGACGGGAACAUACCCCCGUUACGGUAUGAGCCCCUCCAUGAGUAUCAUCACAUGCACCAGCUCCUCAUUAACAAGCUCUAUACCUGAGUCGGAAAAACUGGAAGAGUCUUCUCUAUCGGUGAAGAGCGACAUGGCGACUAUAGUGAAAGUAAUGCAACUGCCAGAUUCAGGACUGGAAAUCCGAGACCGUAUGUGGCUAAAGAUUACAAUAUCCAAUGCGGUCAUUGGUGCUGAUGUAGUAGACUGGCUGUACACUCACGUAGAAGGCUUCAAAGAGCGUCGGGAAGCUAGAAAAUAUGCCAGCAGUAUGUUGAAGCAUGGCUACCUCAGGCACACAGUCAACAAGAUCACCUUCUCAGAACAGUGCUACUACGUCUUUGGAGACCUGUGUGGUAAUGUGGCAGCACUGAAUCUAAAUGAUGGGUCCAGUGGGGCAUCUGAUCAGGACACUCUGGCUCCCCUCCCGCAGUCCGCUGCUCCCUGGCCUAUAGGUCAGGGAUAUCCCUACCAGUAUCCUCUAGCACCACCUUGCUUCCCCUCAACAUACCAAGAGCCAGGAUUCAGCUAUGGCAGUGGCAGUGCAGGAAGCCAGCACAGUGAAGGCAGCAAAAGCAGUGGCUCCAGUCGCAGCAACAGAGAGGGAAAAAGGUCAUCGGGCCGAGAGAAGGACCGCAAGUCCAACGGCAGUGGCAGCGGAUCUGAUCGUGCCACCAGCAGUGGAGGACGAAAAAGUGAAAGGCCAUUGAGCCAACACAGUCACCGGAGUCACAGCUCAGUGCCACGUAGUGAACGCAGUCACCGAAGCAGCCACCACUCUCAUGGUGCCCCGGGUCUACCCCCUCUUUAUACCCUGCCAAAGAUUGGAAGUAAGGUGUAUGGCACCAGUGGCCCACCAGGGGGACCCCCUGUCCGUGAGCUUAGCAAUGUUCCCCCAGAACUGACCGGAAGCCGACAAUCCUUUCAGAAGGCCAUGGGAAACCCCUGUGAAUUUUUUGUGGACAUCAUGUGACAACCAAAGUGCCUUCUGAGUCAGCCUCUAGAACCCCUAAGGAAGUUUAGAAUCUUAAAAAUUCCGUAUUAUAAAACGAUUACCACUGCCAUAUCCAGCUGCCAAGCCAUACCGAAUGGAAGAACUGAAAGCAGCUCCAGCGCACAGAGAGAGAAGGUUUUAGAUGUAUAGGUCGUUAGCACAUUUUGGAGAGGUCCUCCGAAAGACACAAGCCUAAUAAGGUCCAUUGUCCUGCAAUUCAAAAUAACCCUGGGUGGCUGUAAAGUUUGCUGUCCUAACUAUCUUGUGAACUCAAUGGGAAAUGGAUACAGUUCAGACAUUCCUCAAAGGGUAGUUGAUGGCCAAAAGACCGUAUCCCUUGGAUUGACCAUGAAUGCAAUGAACAGAAGCGGUUCCUCAUAAAUAUCAUUAUAUCAUAUUUAAAGGGGCUCUGGUGGAAUAGAUUAAUAGUCCAACUAACAGAGCACUAGACGUUCUCACUUAGAAGAGAGGGAUUGUACAUACUGUCUAGUCCCUGUUAGUGGACUAGAUAAGCAACCGCCUUUCCCUGAAGCUGUGGACCUGGAAAAUAAGGGACCACAUUUUAAGAGUGGUUAUAGUGUACACAGAGUACGGGGCAAAAGUCCAGCUUCUGAUUGUAUAGCUCUAAUUCACCCAAACAGGAAAGUGAAAAUGCCAAAAUUGCCCACAAACAUUAGAAUCUUAAGGUAUUUAAAGGCAACCCGAAGGCUGGGUCCACACAGCAUUAAAAAUUCCCACGCAUUUUAUUUACGCUCAACUGUAAUUCCUUUCAUAAAUAUUUUUGCGGCAGUUUUUUCCCCAAAUUUGCGGCAACAAAAAACACAGCUGAAGAUGCGAGCAUAAAUAAAAUUUGCAUGCAUCUUUACAACGUGUGGACCCAGCCGAAAGCUGUAUGCCGGUCCAUAUAUUCAGCUAUAAAAAAAAAAAAAACAACGGCUAUUUUAAUGUAAAGAAAAACAGCAGAACAUUUUUGCCGUUUUAUUCUUUUGGUACAUUUUAUAAGCCUUUGUUUGCAUUUUUUUAAAUUGUUUUCAUUUGUUAGUUUUUUUUGCUACAGAAAAUACUAUUAAGCAAUUUGCAAAACAGCCUUUUUUUUUUUUUUACUACAAAAUGGGCAAAAAAUAUGUGAAUUUUUUUUCCAAAAAAUUUACGUUUUGAUAAAAAAAACUUCUAAGAGAAAAAAAUCUUUAACUGAAUCAGAAUUAUUGGCUGUUUUUCUUGAGUUGAGUUUAAAGGGGUACUCCAGUGGAAAACCUUUUUUCUUUUUUUUUUUUUUCUUUUUUUUAAAUCAACUGAGGCCCGAAAGUUGAGCAGAUUUGUAAAUUACUUCUAUUACAAAAUCUGAAACCUUCCAGUACUUAUUUGCUGCUGAAUACUACAGAGGAAAUUCUUUACUUUGUGGAUUUCUUUUCUGUCAUGACCGCAGUGCUCUCUGCUGACAUACCUGUCCAUUUUAGGAACUGUCCAGAGCAGGAGAAAAUCUCUAUAGCAAACAUAUGCUGCUCUGGACAUUUCCUAAAAUGGACAGAGGUGUCAGCAGAGAGCACUGUGGUCAUGACAGAAAAUAAAUCCAAAGGGAAAAGAAUUUCAUCUGUAGUAAACAGCCACUAAUAAGUACUGGAAGGAUUAAGAAUUUUUAAUAGAAGUAAUUUACAAAUAUGUUUAACUUUCUGGCACCAGUUGAUUUAAAAAAAAUAAUUAAAAAAAAAGUUUUCCACCGGAGUACCCCUUUAAUGAAAUUCAGCAGGAAAAAAAUAUAUAUAUUUUUGGGCCAUUUUGUGGAUCAAACAUUUGAACCAAAAUACCACGUGUAUUCUAAGGCUAUGUUGGCCUGGCGGAAUUUAUGCAAUUCCGCUUGGAUUCUGCACUGAAAAGCAGACUGCAGAUUAUCGCUGUCUCGUGGAAUUUGGACGGAAUUCCAGCAGAAUUUCUGUGUGCUCAAAGCACAAAUUGGCUGGCAAAAGUCAAAGCCCUAUUGAGUUCAAUGGGAUUCCACCCUGAAUUCCGCAAAAUUUAAAGACAUGUCUUUAAAUUUGGUGGAAUGCAGAAAUUCUGCAUUGGAAUGUUCACCGCGGAGAUUCUGCUGUGUGAAUGGGACAGCAGAAUCCCACUGAACAUAAUGGGCAAUACAUUUCAGCGGAAUUUCUGGUUGAAUUAUUGUGUGGAAUUCUGCAUGGAAAUUCCACCAAGUGAACAUAGCCUGAGGGGGUCCCCUGCUUGUGACUCUAUGAGCCAGAGUGGGCAGCUGCUAAAUUUCAGUGGUUCCCAUUCUGGCUAAUAAUAAAUAACCACUCAAUGGCCACCAUGUAGGGGUCUAUUCACACAGCGGAAUUUCUGCCUCAAAUAAAAGCCCAAUACACUU